AUGGCGGAACCGGCAGAAACGACGAAGUUGGCUGUGGAAGGGGUACAGGUAGACUCGCCAAUGGAAGCACAGGUGCAGAAACUGGCUGAGAAAGUGUGGAAUAAGUACCAAGCACUAGAUGAAUCACAGCGGUAUCUCCUAGCAAUUGCUGGUAUACCCGGCUCAGGCAAGACGACUUUCGCAGCAAGUCUCGCUUAUCACCUGAACCAACGAUAUCAAGAUGAAUAUCACAAGAAGUACCCAAAUGCACCUCUUCAACCUGUCAGCCGAAACCGAGCACUUUCCAAUGGCUCCAAUCAUGGACGUACCAUUGCAGACACGAGCUCACCACAGAUAGCACGUGUCCUGCCCAUGGAUGGCUUUCAUUUUACUCGAGCUCAACUAUCCGCGAUGCCAAAUUCAGAAGAAGCCCACUACCGCCGAGGAGCUGCCUUUACCUUUGAUGGUGAGGCCUACCUGAAGCUGGUAGAGAAAUUGCGGAAACCAAUUGAGCCCACGACCAGGACCGUAUGGGCCCCAUCUUUCGAUCAUGCAACCAAAGACCCCGUGAACGAUGAUAUUGCCAUACCCCCUUCUGCAAGGAUCGUGAUUGUGGAAGGACUAUACACAGCACUAUCAUACCCACCUCCAUUGACCGAGAGCUCUGAGCCAGGGACCAAAGCUGCUGUCCCUUCAUCUUGGUCGGAAGCUUGUGUACUAAUGGACGAGAUAUGGUUGAUCCAAGUACCAAUACCUGUUGCGACAGAGCGAGUCGCGAAGAGAAACUUCAAAGCAGGUCUAUCGCCCUCUCUCGAAGCUGCGGUCGAACGAACCUUGAACAACGAUAUGAAGAAUGCUCGAGAGAUUCUGGACAAUUUACCACCAGAUGACAAGCUAACAGAACGCAUUGAAAGUGUUGCUGACGAAGCUUGGAUGACUGAAGAACAGAAGGUGACGCUCGAGAACGAGCAACAGCAAAGGGACGAAGAAGGCCACGAAUCUACCUUGCAGCGAAUAAGGUUGAAUAGGAUGGGAAGUAUUGCUGAAAUGGCCGAGGCUGGUGUAGGUAUGUGA